UUUUUCCAUUACAAAAAGUCUGACAAUUUGGUUAUUUUUAUCAAAAAAGUGAAGUAUUUUAAUAUAAUCUAAUCCCUUGAGAGAAACGAGGACAACUAAAGAGGAAGCGAGAGAGAACAAAAAGAAGAAGAAGAUGGAGAUGUUAAAGUUUUUGAUGUAUUUAUCCUGAGAUUUGAGCAAAGAGAAGAUGUUUUGGAUUAUAGCUAUUUCUCACAAUCGUUAUUGAUCUUUCUCACCGCACAGUUUAUUAUAUGCGAGGUUCGGCAAUCUCUGAAGCAACUCUGCGGUUCAGCAUGUCAGGUUCUGCCUGUGGUUGUUGUUGUUUGUUGUGAUGGAUAGAAACAGACCACAGUUUCCCUUCCAGCAACAGGGUAUGGAACCUGGAUAUGUGAAUGACUCUAUCCCUCAAGCAUUUAUACCUGAACAAACAGUUUUGUCCCAGCCUCCAAAUUUGAAUGCUUCAGAUGUUAGGCCGGGGCUUCAUUACUCCAUACAAACAGGAGAGGAGUUCUCUCUCGAGUUUCUGCGAGAUAGAGUGAUUUCUCAACGGUCUGCAAACCCCAAUGCAGCUGGUGACAUGGUGGCAAAUGGGAUGAUGGACUAUGAGAGAGGAAACUUUCCGCUUCAUGAGUUUGGAAACAAACUUGGGCAUAUCCAAUCAGCACCAGAGGCUUUACUAUGCCAAGAUAGAAGUUUAGGAAACUUCCAUGGAUAUGCAUCUUCUUCGUCAGCCUCAGGUAGUUUAACGGCAAAGGUUAAAAUCCUUUGUAGCUUUGGUGGGAGAAUACUCCCACGUCCAGGCGACUCGAAGCUUAGAUACGUUGGAGGGGAAACACACAUUAUUUCCAUAAGAAAGGACGUAUCUUGGCAAGAGCUCAGGCAAAAAGUUCUUGAGAUAUACUACAGGACUCACGUUGUGAAGUACCAGCUUCCUGGUGAAGAUCUUGAUGCCUUGGUGUCUGUAUCGUGCGAUGAAGAUCUACAGAACAUGAUGGAGGAGUAUAAUGAGAUGGAGAACCGUGGCGGUUCGCAAAGGCUUAGAAUGUUUCUUUUCUCAGUCGGUGAUUUGGAUGGUUCUCUUUUGGGUGUUAAUCAGAGUGAUGUUGACUCCGAGUUUCAGUAUGUUGUGGCUGUUAAUGAUAUGGACAUUGGAUCAAGAAGCAACUCAACUCUGAAUAGACAUGACAGUCUUUCUGCAAACAGUUUGGCUGAGAUGGAUGUUAGGAACAGUGAAGGCAUCAACAGUGUUUCCCCUUCGCAGUUAACAGGGGUUGAUCUCCAACAAUCCUCUAUUCAGUAUUCUGAGUCUGCUCCACCAAGUUCUAUGCUACAGUAUCCUCCUCAAUCUAUUCCACACAGUGCUGCUUAUCAGUAUCCGCCGAACUCUACACGUCAGUAUGCACAGGUCAUUCCUCCAAGUCCAUCUCUUCAGUAUCCUCAAUCUAUUCCACCAGGUUCUACUCUUCAGUAUCCACAAUCUAUCUCCUCCGGCUCCUAUGGAAUGUACCCACAGUACUAUGAAGAAAGACAACAGUAUCCAAUGUAUCAUCAACAAGGUUCUUCCAAUUACUCUAUUUCCAUGCCUUUCCAAGGGCAGCAGCCAAACCAUCAACAGCAAAACGCAGCAGUGCAGGCAGGAGAGCUAAACAUAAGUCCUGAGAUGAAAGUUUGUGAGAAUAUAGAGCCUGAAAAUCGCCAGAACACUCCUCCUCAAGGGGAUAAUAUCGAGGGUAAGAAUCACUGCGUAGUUCGGGAGGCACCACUUUCUCCAACUGUACAUAGCCAGGAACCUGCACAUAUGUUGCCCCCAAGAAGAGACCCACGACAGAACAAUAACAAUCCUGUGAAGCCUUCUGCUUACCGCGAGGCUGUUUCUCCUGAGCAGGUUCCUGUAUCUGGUGAGGAUGAUCAGCUUUCAACAUCAAGUGGUACAUGUGGUCUUGCUCAGACUGACUCUGAGUCAAACUUAAUUGAUCUUGAUUACCCGGAGCCUUUACCACCCACGCGGAGGGUAUAUGGUUCGGAGAGGAUACCUCGGGAACAGUUAGAAAUGUUAAACCGCCUGUCCAAAUCUGAUGACUCUCAGUUCUUAAUGUCUCAUUCACAAGCCAUCACUGGGCAGCAAGAUCCAGCAAAACAAGGAGAGGGGAUAUCACAUGAAGAUUCACAUAUUGUUAAUGAAACAAUCUCUGAAAAGGUUGGGGUCAGUGGUGGAGAUAUCGAUAGUGAAGGUCCUAAUAGUAAUAUAGACACAUCCACUAAUCAUGUAAUCCCUGAAAACCGAGCUUCUUCAAGUGUUCUUAUCGACAUCAAUGAUCGGUUCCCUCAGGACUUCCUCUCUGAAAUAUUUGCAAAGGCACUCUCUGAGGACAUGCCACCAGGCGCCAAUGCAUAUCAGCAUGAUGGUGCUGGUGUUAGUCUGAAUGUAGAGAACCAUGAUCCUAAAAACUGGUCUUAUUUUCGGAAACUGGCCGAGGAAGAGUUCAGUGAAAGAGAUGUUCCACCAGGCUUUCCAUCUGACAUGGAAGAUAGCGGAGUGAAUACCAUGUUGCAUCACGUUGCUCCUUUGACCAGAGAUGGCGUUACAACAGAGAACCGUGGGGAUCCUCAGCUGAAUGUAGGUCAAGAUCACGAGGGUGCACAGAUGAAGGUCACAGAGAAUGAGGAGUUUGGUGCUAUGGUUGAGAAUCUAAGGACUCCGGAUUGUGAACAUGAGGAUGAUGAAAAGACAGAAACAAGGAAUGCUCAGCUUCCUCCACUUGGUUCGCCUUUGGCAGAUUAUGAUGCAAGUGGGUUGCAGAUCAUUAUGAAUGAUGAUCUGGAGGAGCUGAAGGAACUUGGUUCUGGCACGUUCGGUACAGUGUACCAUGGGAAAUGGAGAGGAUCAGAUGUUGCCAUCAAGAGGAUAAAGAAGAGUUGCUUUGCUGGUCGAUCUUCUGAACAAGAGAGAUUAACUGGUGAAUUCUGGGGAGAGGCUGAGAUUCUUUCAAAGCUUCAUCAUCCAAAUGUGGUUGCGUUUUAUGGUGUUGUAAAAGAUGGACCAGGUGGAACAUUGGCUACUGUAACAGAGUACAUGGUUGAUGGUUCUCUGAGACAUGUUCUAGUCAGGAAAGAUAGACACCUGGAUCGUCGUAAGAGACUAAUCAUUGCAAUGGAUGCUGCAUUUGGAAUGGAAUAUUUGCACGCCAAAAACAUUGUUCACUUUGAUUUGAAAUGUGACAACUUACUUGUAAACCUCAAAGAUCCUUCUCGCCCAAUCUGCAAGGUUGGUGAUUUCGGUUUGUCUAAAAUUAAAAGAAAUACAUUAGUAUCUGGAGGUGUACGUGGAACCCUUCCAUGGAUGGCACCAGAGCUUCUAAAUGGUAGCAGCAGCAAAGUUUCAGAGAAGGUGGAUGUCUUCUCUUUUGGUAUAGUCUUGUGGGAGAUUCUAACUGGAGAGGAACCAUAUGCUAAUAUGCACUAUGGUGCAAUAAUAGGUGGGAUAGUGAACAACACACUGAGGCCGACCAUACCAAGUUACUGUGACUCUGACUGGAGAAUAUUAAUGGAGGAAUGCUGGGCGCCUAAUCCGACGGCACGGCCAUCCUUCACGGAGAUAGCUGGCCGGUUACGUGUGAUGACAACUGCUGCAACUUCGAACCAGUCCAAACCGCCAGCUCACAAUAAGGCUUCAAAGUAAAGCAAUCUGUAGUCUUUUACUCUUUUCAAUGUUUUGGGAUCAGGAGGAAGAUAUUUGUUGACCCUUUUCUCCUUUCCCUUUUCAUUUACCAAAACCAUAAACAAGUUUAAGUAAUAAAAUUGGUUUGAGGCGUUGUAUCAA